GGUUCGCACCAGCAUGUCUGUGUCUGUGAUCAUUAAAUGGGGAGGGCAGGAGUACUCCAUCAGGACACUCUCCGAAGAGGACACUGUGCUGGACCUCAAGCAGUCCAUCAAGUCCCUGACAGGGGUUCUCCCAGAGAGGCAGAAACUCCUAGGAUUAAAGGUCAAAGGCAAACCAGCAGAGGACCAAGUGAAGCUUGGUUCACUGAAGCUGAAACCCAAUACCAAGAUCAUGAUGAUGGGCAGCAGGGAGGAGAGUCUGGAAGAAGUUUUAGCACCUCCCCCAGAGAAUGAUGACAUUGUCAAUGACUUUGACAUUGAAGAAGAGGUGAUUGAAGUACAGAACAGAGAGGAGAACUUGGCCAAGAUAGCCCGCCGUGUCAAAGACUACAAAGUGGAGGGGAUGAACCCACCCAGGGCAGGAAAGAGUCUGUUGGUACUAGAUGUGGACUACACGUUGUUUGAUCAUAAGUCAUGUGCCGAGACGGGACAAGAGCUCAUGAGGCCUUUUCUCCAUGAGUUCCUGACCUCGGCGUAUGAGGACUAUGACAUCGUCAUCUGGUCUGCCACGAGUAUGAAGUGGAUUGAUGCUAAAAUGAAAGAGCUGGGAGUGACAGACAACCCUAACUACAAGAUCACCUUCAUGCUGGACAGUGCAGCUAUGAUCACGGUGCACACGCCUAAGAGGGGUGUAGUGGAGGUGAAGCCUCUUGGGGUGAUAUGGGGAAAGUACAGUGAGUUCUACAGCAAGAGGAACACUAUCAUGUUUGACGACAUUGGCAGAAAUUUCCUAAUGAACCCACAGAACGGACUGAAGAUACGUCCAUUCAUGAAAGCGCACUUAAACCGUGAAAAAGACAAAGAGCUCUUCAAACUGUCUCAGUAUCUUAAAGAGAUUGCCAAACUGGAGGACUUCUCAGGUCUCAACCAUAAGCAUUGGGAGAGGUAUCGCACUAAGAAACAGAGCCAGUGAGAGCAUUGUUGUGGAUGUGUGAAGGGAUGGUCAUUCCUCAACCAGGAACAGUGCUGGACACUCAAGCCCUCACCAAACUACGACUGCCCGUUUCUGACUGAGAGCUGUUUCCUAUUGUUUGGCUUUUUAAACUUCUGUUCUUCCCUCAUCUAUGUCUUUCUCUGUUGACUUCAGUCUGGGAGACACAGUAAAUACUAUACACCUACCAGUACUCAGUUUACACCUACCAGUACUCAGUUUACACCUACCAGUACUCAGUUUACACCUACCAGUACUCAGUUUACACCUACCAGUACUCAAUUUACACCUAUCAGUACUCAGUUUACACCUAUCAGUACUCAGUUUACAUGCAAUGUUUUUUUUGUUAGGUUUCACCCAAUCGUUCUUUCAGAUUAGUGACUGUCAUCUGUAGCUAUGCCACCUAACCUCAGAGUUAUACGAACAUGAGUUUGUUCUGUACUGAUAGUGUUCUGUAUUCUCUUUCUCUCCUCUCCUCCUGCGGCUCUCUCCUCUCCCCCUGGCUCUCUCCUCU